UUAGGAUGUGGAAUAUAAGAACCUAUGGUUUUGAGUUUCAAACAACUUUUGAUGGAAAAUUGAGAUUUUUAGAUUUCAAUAUUGAGUUUUGAGUUUUCUCUCUUGCUUUUAUCUCUUUGUCAGUCCUUUUCUCUCAGUUUUCUCUUUUAUCACUAGUUUCUCUCAGUUUGCCUCCCCUAUUUGGCAACAAUGUAAUUAUCUUGUCAUAUGUGCAUUUGCAUGUGUAUAAUUUUGGCCUUAAUGUUACAAUUGUCCUUUUGAAUUAAGUCCUUACUUUGCAGUUUCAAGCAUUACCAAGAAGAUUUUAUUCUGACUUGUAACCUUACCCAUAAUGUGGGUUUGCAUCAUGAUCUAGCUUGCUCUGCCGGCCAGAUUAUUGAUGAUGUAAUUAGCACCCAAUUAUAUUUUACUUGAAUUGCUAGCAAUGGAGUCUUAGUAAACAUGAAUGAAUUUUAAAUUAUUAAGGUUUGUUAUUUCAGGUGAUAGAUUUUUAAACAUCUGAUGCUUUUUUUGCCUCUUUUUGUUUUUCAAUAUUCUCGUCGUUUUUUAAUUAAAGUGAUUAAGUAUCCUUUUUGAAACUGAUCAAGCUUUAGUCAGCUCAUGUUGAAUGUACCAUACUCCGUUAAGCUCUAGCUGUUGUUGACUUUUGUCUUCUGAAAUUUGUGAUUGGGCAUGUCCUUCUGUAUAUAGUUGCAAGUCACUGCAAUUGAAUAUGGUGAUUAAAAAAUUUUCCAGAUCUUGUUAAUUAACCAAGUUCUCAUAUUGGGCAGAUGGUUGCUCAUCUGUAAUUUACAUUGCUUUCAGUUGACCACUGAAAUUUUAGAAUAGGGCUUGAGGUAUUCUUUUCUUUAUUUCUUGUCUUGAAGUUUAUGAUAAACUGAUAUUCAUGCUACUGAUUGAAUAAAUUCAAUUCACCAAAUAAUGUGGAUGCAAUGUUAAUUUGGAAAUCUUUCGUGAGCAGUGCACUGAGACAUAUAGUCAGGUUGCAUUUUGUCAUGUUUACCUUUCUAUUCCUCUACAUGCAAAUGUCUGUCACUACCUGUAGUAUAUUACAUGCUAUUAGCAUCUUUGUUUAUUUCUCCUUUCCUGCUGCAUGCAUGGUAGCAUUUUUAUUUAAACUUUGAUAAAUUUCCGGAGCUGAUCUGUGUGCACCUGAUGUAGAACAAGUACUCUCAACUCCAAACACUCAAGAACUAAUUUGACAUCUCAAUCAAACUUCUCCAAAAGCUUACCUUUGUCAAACUGAUGCUUAGACAUCUAAAUUGCCAUAACAUUAUCUUAUGAGUGCAUGACUGAAGUUCUUAGCAGAACAUUUUGUCUAAGUAUGAUGAUCAGCAUGACUGAGGUACUCAUUUUCUUUUUCCUGAUAAUUGACUCAGGCUCUCAACAAAAUGAUUUGGCUUCAUCCCCUGGGAAAAGUUUAAAUGGAAGUUUCAGAAAGUUUAUAUCUGGUUUUCUGCGAAAUAAUUUGGACUCCUCUCCAGGGCAAAGCAUAGAUGGAAGUUUCCGAAAAUCUAAUUCUGUUAUCUCCACCCAUAGUGUGUCUGGAAUUUCAUCUUCAAGCAAGUUCUUUCCAACUUCAAGAAGAGUGUACAAGGCACUGAAGGACUGUGGAAGGAAACUUGUUGACCAGGAGUUAUUUAAACAGAAUCUUGAGGAUUGGGUUUUGGAAAAUUCUUGUGUGGAGCAUGUUACAAGGGAGCAGUCUUUUUUUAGGCCCCCAUUUCUGAUUGAUGAACUGCGCAAGUUUGAUUUAGCAUUGGAAGGUGUUCUCUUUCAGCAACUGUACCGUAUGCCAUGUUCUCCAUAUGCUUCUAAACCUUUGAAGGAAGAUGAGUAUCUUGCUUUGGAAGACUUUCUUCAUACUAUAGUAAAUGGCCUCUGGCGUACAUUUUGGCGUAAAAGCGGACCAUUACCUUUCUUUUUGUCUUGUUCCCCUCAUCCUAAAUCUAAGUUUUAUGCUGUUGAGAAGGCAAUAUCAAGAGGAAGGAUAGAAGAGCUACGUGGUUUAGCUUUAAUAUCUAAAAGUGGGAGUGAUCUAAAGGUUCAUUGGGAUCAAGUAGUGCAGUUUGCCUUGUUUAGACAAGAUAUACUAUCAGGAAAUGAGUUAAGAUUGUCUGCUAGCAGUAUAUGCGAAGCCCUAUUUUAUGGUGUUCAUAUACUCAUUUCUAGGAGUUUGAGCAAGUCCAGAACCAUUGAGAGUGAUUCUGUUUUUCUUAUGAUUUUUGAUUCUAAAUUUGGUGCAGUGGUAAAACUUGGAGGUGAUCUUAGUACACUUGAGUUGAACACAGCUGAUCCAUACCAGUCUGUGGUCCAAUGGAUAAAGUGUCAUGCUGAAGUCCUUGUUUCAUCAGUGGACAGAAUAUGGAAUAAGCUUGGGAAUGCAAAUUGGAGGGACCUGGGGACUCUUCAAGUACUUUUAGCUACUUUUUAUUCCAUAAUCCAGUGGAAUGGACCUCCAAGAAAGUCAAUAGCCUCAUUGGCCUCAAAUCAUAGCCUUCGUCUUCAGAAGCGUAGAAUAGAAUGCCGCCUAGCUGAGAAUGAAAAUGCUCUAGUACCUUACCAGCAGGCUGGCUUUCAACAUGGAGAGAUUGUUGAACUUGAUCAUAGUGAUAAUCCCCUGGUAAAGAAUUCAUCACGCCUGAAGCUUAAGCAGGGCGAGAUAUUGUUUUUGGAGGAUCAACAGCAGGGCCAGAAAAGUUUCCAGAUACAAGAGUCCUUCAUAGGAGGCAACUCUUUUCUCUAUGGUGCUAUUUCUCUAGAUUAUCCCACACAGUUGUUAACUUUGUAUGCUGGUGCUCAUCCAUCCAGACUUGAACCUUCCUGGGAGGAUAUGAGUCUGUGGUAUCAAGUACAAAGGCAAACAAAGGUACUAAACAUAUUGAAACAGCAAGGAAUUUCAAGCAAAUAUUUGCCUGAUAUAAUUGCCUCUGGCCGACUUCUGCAUUCUGGUCCUUGCAAAAAGCAGAGUCCAAGUGGACGAUGUGAUCAUCCUUGGUGCGGAACCCCAGUUCUUGUCACAUAUCCAGUUGGGGAGCCACUUUCGUAUAUAGUUGCUAAGGAUGGCCCAUUUUCGUCUGAUGAUGCAUUACGCUGCUGCCGAGACUGCCUAGCCGGUCUAAGUAGUGCAGCAGCAGCCAAUGUCCAGCAUGGUGAUAUUUCCCCUGAAAACAUAAUUCGUGUUUUGGACACGCAAGGUAUAAGAAACAAAGUUUUGUACAUCCCAAUUUCAUGGGGUCGUGCAGUUUUGGAAGACAGGGACAGCCCAGCAAUAAAUUUGCAGUUCUCGUCUUCUCAUGCACUUCAGCAUGGGAAACUCUGUCCCGCAUCCGAUGCUGAGAGCCUUGUCUACCUCCUUUCCUUUGUUUGUGGGGGAACAAUGCAGCAACAGGAUUCUAUCGAAUCUGCUUUGCAAUGGAGGGAGAAAAGCUGGGCAACGCGGUCGAUUCAGCAGCAGCUAGGUGAAGUUUCACCUUUACUAAAGGCAUUUGCUGAUUAUGUGGAUAGCCUUUGUGGAACACCAUACCCAGUUGAUUAUGAUAUUUGGUUGAAAAGGCUUAACAAAGCUGUGGACGGAUCUGUGUCAGCUGAUAGAGGUAAAAUGAUUGAAGAAGUUCUGCCAUAAACGUUAAGAUAGGAAGAUGUGGCCGAGUCUUAGGGGACCUCUGGAGGUAGUGCUUAAUUUUCAUGGAGUACCGAGUUUUAAAACAACUUUUUCGUUUUCGUAACUAUCCGUCGUUGAGAUUCAAUUGUUUUAAUUGUUCAACCGCAAGGCUUCUAGGUUCGCAAGUCUCAGGUCUUGCCUUUCUAUAUGCUGUGAUUUUUGCAAGUUGAGCUUCAUUCUAACAUGCUCCAACGGUGUUUGCAUUUAUGAAAAAUGGAUGCCAUGUAAAUGAGACUACUUGUCGAGUCACUGCCCGAGCAAGCGAUUGCAGUGUACAAUGUCACUUUGGCAAAAGGUAUAUACAGCGAAUGUUGCUGCUUGUGUUAA